CCCCAGUUAAGGCAGCUGAGCAGGGUAGAGGUUGGAAGUUCCUGAGAGUAAGCGUCCCACGUGCAGGAUGCCAGAGCAAAAGAAGAAAAAGUCUGAAGUGACAGAGAAAAAGAAAAGGAAAUUGAAGAAGCUAGUGGCAAGUGAGGAGCCCCUCGAACAGAAGCCCCUGAAGAAAAAGAAAAUGAGUACAAAGAUAUCCUCAGACCUUUUGGAUACAGAAGUUUCUCAGAUGGAUGCAGCAAGCGAUGAGGAAAAACAAGAUGAGCAGGAACUGACCCCAGAGGAAAGGAGAACCCUGGAAAGAAAACUGAAGAAGGAACGGAAGAAAGAACAAAGAAAGCAGCUUCGGGAAGCAGGGAUUCAUGUUGUAAAAGAAACCCCUCAAAAACCAUCUGGAGCUGAGUUGGCCUUGGACUAUCUCAUCAGCUGGGCCAAUAAGCGAGAGGAAUGGAAGUUUCAGAAAACCAGGCAGACCUGGCUCCUGCAUCACAUGUAUGACAGUGAUAAGGUCCCAGAUAAGCAUUUCUCCAUUUUGCUGGACUACCUGGAGGGUCUGAAGGGAAGCGCCCGAGAGGUAACAGUGCAGAAAGCUGAAAUGCUCAUGAAGAAAUUGGACAGUCCAGAGCCUGAAGACUCCAGUUUAAUCGAGAGGAGUGAGAGAAUUCGACAAGUCCUACAGCUGCUUUCCUAAGAGCAGACAAGCCAGCGUCUCUGUAGCUCCAUCAACAGAAGAAAAGUUGUCUUCUGAAGCCCCAGGAAAGAAUGGCUCCCCCCUUCUGUCCCAUGAAUGUGUGUGUGUGUGUGUGUGUGUGUGUGUGUGUGUGUGUGUGUGUACAUGCAACAGAGUAUUUUUUUAACUUGCAUCAUCCAACCUUCUCCCAGGCAGGUUAUCGGGAGGAGGCAAAGAUAGCUUUGUUGUUGAAACCUAUUAUUUCUACUUCUAGAUACAAGCUUUGGUUAUGUCUGGUGAUCUCUUUAUUAAGUGAUUUGAUCUUAUCUGGGAUACAAGAAGAAUGGACCUUUUGUGUUUUAAAAACAUUCCUGAAUCAGGGUAUAAUCACCCUAAAAUGAUGUAAAGAGAUCUAAAUCCUUGGCUUUAGAAGGGCCUCCAAAAACCUAGAGGAGGGAAGGAGAGAGACAGAGACAGAAAAUGAGAAUGAAUGUGUGUGUGUAUGUGUGUGUGUUUUACAAAGGGAUGUUUUUCAGAAAUGGAUCCAGAAUGCAGUCCUUCCCCUGCCAGCUGUAAUCCAUCACUGUCAACAUUGCAUGCAUAUUGUUGAGAUCUGUAUGUCCCACAAGGAGAGGGUAAUAAAUUGGUUUUUUGGUAGUAA